AUGCAUCUUUUCCUGGUAGUAGAGAGGAAGUUAUUUGUUGCUGCAAUUAUUAAGUUGCUGAAUUUCGUUAGUCAAGCAAGUGUUGUUGAACAUUGCUUGGAAUCUGGUGGGCUUGAUGUUGGCUUUGGUUGCUUCAAUAUUGCUGAGCGAGGGUAUGCUACUAUGCACGAUUGGGGCAAACUAGAAUUUAACACCAUUACCAAUAACAGAGACAUGAGAACUAGACGUGAGAAGAGAAUGGCCAUGGCCAAACGUGGUAUUAGAUCCCUAGCCAUAGCGGUAGCUUUGCCUCUCUCUUUGAACCUCAUCAAUAUAUGUUUACUUGGCUCCAGUAAUGGUUAUGGAACUGUAUCAAAACCUUUUUGGUUUCUUCCUAUGUGGGUCCUACACUUCACCUGUUUGGCUUCCAGCUUCUUGAUGGGUCUCUCCGCUUGGCUUGUCUGGGUUGAAGGAGGGUUCCAUAAUGAACCAACCACCCUUUCUCUUUACAUGGCACAGCUUGGUCUGAGUUUGGCUUGGAACCCAAUUGUAUUCCGCAUGGGAGCCACUUGGAUUGGUUUGGUUGUGUGCCUGGCUAUGUAUGGGGCUCUUGUUGGUUGUUCUCGCCACUUCAAAGAGAUAAAUCCGAUCGCUGGCGAUUUGGUUAAGCCUUGUUUGGCAUGGGCUACAAUUUUGGCCAUUGUAAAUCUAAAACUUGUUUUUCUUUGA